CAGAGUCAGACAGCUCGGCUUUCCUGCACCAGCAGCGGUGUGUGUCACCGAGGUGCUGCCGGAGAGACUCGGAGUCACAGGGAGAACAAACCCCAAACUGGCAUCGCAGUGGGUGCUGAGGGGCUGACUACAGCUCAGGUUGGAUCCCUCUCUCUGUCACCACCACCACCUCGUCCUUCCCGAUGUCGGAUUUCAAGCUUGGGAUCGUGCGGCUCGGCCGUGUGGCCGGGAAGACAAAAUACACACUGAUUGAUGAGCAGGACAUACCGCUUGUGGAAAACUAUGCAUUUGAGGCGCGCAUGGAGGUAGAUGCGGAUGGCAAUGGAGCGAAGAUCUUCGCCUACGCUUUCGACAUCGGCAAAGGCCGCUGGGCAGGAAGGCCUUUGCACGAGCUGCUCUGGGAGAAGCACAGAGGAGGCAUUGCCCCCAGUUUUCAAGUCAUCCACAUCAACUCUGUGACAGUGGACAACCGGCUAGACAACCUGCGACUGGUGCCAGUGGGCUGGAGCCCUAAGCCGGAGGAGAUCUCCAGCAAACAGAGAGAGCAGUCUCUGUACUGGCUGGCCAUCCAGCAGGUACCGGCCGACCCUGUGGAGGAGCAGUAUCUGGAGCUGAGCCGCACACGCUACUACAACGCUAACGGGGAGCUGGUGGAGGAGGAGGAGUGCUCCUGCACCUACUACGAGUGUCAUUAUCCUCCCUGUUCACUCAUCGAGAGGAGGCUCCGGGAGUUCAACAUCUGCGGUCGCUGCCAAGUGGCACGCUACUGUGGCUCCCAGUGCCAGCAGAGGGACUGGCCCGCCCACAAGAAGCAGUGUCGCGAGCGCAAGCGGGUGCUGGCUCUCGAGUCGGAGCCCGAACGAUGAUCAGCUUUCAUCCUCGCCUGGGAGGGGAGGAGGGGGGGGGGGGGGAGAGAUAGGGUUGGACUUAUGGGAGAGAAGCGGGAGGGGGAUCGCUGACAAGAGACUAACGACGGAGGACAAUGUUGGUUGCUUGAUUGUUGGACGGAUUCAGGCGGUAAGAAGAUGGAGGGGAAAGAGGAUAAAGCAAAAAGACAUCUGCCACUUUCCAGAACUGGUAACUCUCCAUAGCUUGCUUGCUGGAUGACGGGGAACGGUAUUAUUAUUAUUUUUGUCAUUUUUCUCGAGGUGCGGAGACCCUCGAGAUCGACCUGCUGCUAUGGUUUUAUAUGCGAGGGGAAAAAAAAGUUGUCUUGUUGACGGAACUGGACGAGCUUCUUUGGACCACGAUAUAGACGGUUGUCGUCAUCCACUUUAGUUCUUCCACCCACCCGCUGGGUGUGGUGACGUUUGUGCAUACGGGGGACCCCGGGGGGGGCUGCAGUACCUUGUCGUUCAACUGGUACGACGGGACACGGACCUUUUCACUGUAUCGCUCCCUCUCUGACCUCUCUGCACACGGCCGCUGUCUUCAUGGUCAUCGACACCUUAGCCGCCUCCCCUUUCCUGUCGUACUCCCCCGCACAGCCAAUCACGACACACAUCAAAAUUGAUUUCACUGAUUGAAUCACACUACCAGUAUUGAGUGUGGGUGUGUGUAUGCUUGUAUGUAUGUAUGCGUGCGUGUGCGUGUGUGUGCUGCCAUUAUGUACUGAAGGACAUUGAAAUGGUCUACAUGGGUUACGGGCCGGGUUAAUGUAUGUCUUUUCUCUUCUUAAAGGGGCCAUAUUACACCGUUUUAAAUUUCAUAUUUAGUCGUAAAUUGAUGGGUUAAAUAUGUUCACUGUUCUAUAAUAAAGUAGCUGCCAAAUAAAAGGCUAACAUUUUUUUCCUAGACAUCUUCUUGACCGAGUUAAUUUAUUUUUCUACCAAUUUGAUCGGACUGAUGUUUGAGACAAGGUACAACGUUUUAGUCGCCACUUUUUAAACAAUCCUGCUAUUUAAAAAGCUGUUCCUGGUGAUACCAGUACUUUGUCGUGAUCUCUCAAACAAAGCUUGUUAUGUUGGUCACGGUAUAAGAAGCUGCUUCCUUGUGAUCUCAAUAUUUCAUGUUCUCAAGACAGAGUAUCUUGUCUGAUGAUUAUCUCUA